ACGUGAUGUCGGUCUGUCUCCCAGCUCACCCUUAAAAGACGCGCCGCCGCCGAUAUUUCGAAUCAAAACAAUAACUCUACGAUGUAAAGUGCGGAAUCCAAUCGAAAAAAAUUUGAUCAUUGGUGAUAGACUUAUUUUUGAACAUGGGUUCAGUGAAGUUGGCCGUUUUUUGGUUAAUUUUUGUUUUUGUUAAUCAAGUGGUAAUUGCGAACGGGGAAGGAGAAAGUAGAGUGAAUUGUCAAAGUGCUGAAAUUGACGGAGACUCCGGUGCUCCGUGUACAACAGCGGAAAUUUUUAGGCGCUUGGAAAAGGAGAUAAAACCCAUAAAUGACUCAUCCGUGGAAAAUUCGGGCCCUCCCGAUUCCCACGAAGCGAUGAAUAAUCGAGAAGUUUUCUCGAACCCUUCAAAAAUACGCGAAAAGAGAAGUUUCGAGUUCCUGAUGGGGCUUAUAAACAACAAUUCCAGGUAUGAAGUUACCAGAGUGGACCCAGAGCGUACUACACAACAACCGAAUGUUAUUUCUGAAAAAUCAGAGGUGAUCUCUAAAAGAAAAAAUCUCGGAGCCAGUGAAGUACUUCUCGAAUUAAUGGUAAGGAUAGCCUCUCAUCCUGAUCAAUGGGAUCGUGUUCAUAAAUUAUUACAGACCAUAGAUCAAGAUCUGAAGGCUUCAAGAAAUGUAGUCGAACAUGUUCAGAAUCUAUCGAGCUCAUCGGAUAUCAUUACGAACAAUUUGGAAAUAACUACCUUUAGACCAACUCUGUCAACGGAGAAACACAAUGUUACCAGUAAAUAUAAUGGGACCCUUAAAAUUAAGAAGAAAGUGGAGGAAGAGUUGCCUUGGCCAAAUUUUGACGAAAGUGACAAUAAUGUAAAAUUUGUAAAUAGUUCUUAUACGAAAUUAAACGAAACUCAAAGUCAAAAUUUAGUGGAGAAAGCAAAAAACAAAACUAGCAAGUCUGCAUAUCCGAAGAACUUUACAUAUCACCGAGUAACAGGCAAACCUGAUAGCACAAGUAAAAACCCAAAAGCCUACAUCGCUGUAUCCAUUAUUGCACCAAAAACUGCUCCAGAAGACACUAAUUCCAAACAAAGUGACGAAGUAACUUUAGAAAAUGAGCUACACCAGCUGAAGCCGUGGAGCCACGUCCAGAAUCUCAAAAAUAUGGAAUCUAUAAGAUCUAAAUGGCAUGCGAAGAAAAAUCAGAAAAAGAGAAACUCAUAGAAACCGGAAGAGUAAUUUGUGAAUAUUAUAAAUAGAAAAAAACAGUUUCAGUAAGAAUAUUUUGUUUUAGUUUUGUACACAAUAUUUUUAAAUGUGAAAAAUUUAAUAUUGCUAUUCUGGGUGUAACAAAUUUAUGUAUACAGGGUAUUUCAAGAUUAGCUUACAAUAUAUGAAAAUUGAUUUAUGUGGAUUGCAAGUUAUGACGAGCGUAAGUGAACUACAACUUUGUUAUUUUAAAUACUACAUAGUAUAUCCUGCAUAUUAUUGCAUUUUUAAAUUCUUCCUAAAAUUCUUGAUGCAAUUUGUACAAGGUGCCAUAACUCAAAACUUUACAUCAUUUGAGUUAUUCGUCUUUUUAUAAAGACAAUAUUCUGAAAGUUAAUCUUUGAUCAAAAAGGGUAGCUAUCAGAUAGACAGACUUAAUCAUCAUCAGUGGCAUCACAGCUCCUUAUGAGCAAAAGCCUUCUUCAAAACAAUCGUCCAUUGACCCCUGUCUCUGACAACUCUUCUCCACGCUCUAACUCCAAUAGAUUUUAAAUCAUUCUCUAAGUUAUCUUGGUACCUAAGUCUCGGUCUUCUUCUUGCUCGUUGUCCUAUCGGCCCUCUUCGGCCAAAAACUUUUCUGACUAUGGCAUCUUCCUCUCGCCUGAUUAUAUGCCCUAUCCAUUAAGGUUUGUUGCCUUAAUGAAUUUUACAACGUCAGGUUUCCCAAAAUUUCUAUAGAACUUAAAGUUGCAACGCAUGCGCCACAAACCUUGCUCUUUUAUUCUUCCAUAUAUUCUCCUUAGGAUUUUUCGCUAGAAACGUUUAGGCAUUUCUUGGUCUAUCUGUGCAAGUGUAACUGACCACGUGUCUGCUCCAUAUGUUAGCACUGGUCUUAGUGUUUUAUAACCGGUCUCUUUAAUUUUUUUGUUUUGAGGUCAUUUGUCUUCUCAAGCUAUAUUAACACUUAUUGGCAAGCACUAUUCUUCUUCAAAUAUCUUCGCUGGCGGUGAUAUUUUUAGUCAACAGCAGGCCCGGCCCCAGGAGUGGGCAAACUGGGCGGUUGCCCAGGGCGGAAAAUUCGGGGGCGGCAAAUUUUAGAGCACAGCCAAUUUUUGAAAUUGAAGAAAUAAUAAAUUAUGUUUUUAAUAUUAUAAAAACCAAUACUAUGAACAAGAGCGGCAAAAAUGCAACUGUAAAAACGAGAAUUAAGUAAGUUAAACCAUAAUAAUUGCAAGGUUUGGAAUUGCAAUUCGACGGAAAAUCGACAACAUCGCCUUCUUCUUUAUCGCAUAAGAAUAGUAGGAUCAGAACUAAACUAAAUUCACUGAAAUUUACUUAAAAUUAACAUUCCUGAAAAUGGAUAUAAUAAUUAUAAACAUAUGGCAGAAGCUUUGUCCAGCCAUGCUAAGUCUCCAGCUCAUCUACAGUUACAGCGACAGUGGGUAGAACUAGCAAUUAGACUAGAAUCGGGCAAAAUCAUAUAUGAAGAAAUACAAAAAGUUCUAAAUUCAGAAACUGGUUAUUGGAAAAAUGUAAUACAACGACUUAUUAUAUCAAUAAUACAGUUCUUAGCGCAUCAGUGUCAUCCUAUGAGGGCGAUUCUGAUAAACAUGUUCAUCAAAACAAUGGUAAUUUUUUAAGCUUUCUGAACUCUAAAAAUUUUGAUACUGUGUUACAAGAGCACAUUAGGAGAAUAACUAAUGGGAGUAACAAGCAGCAUCACUACUUGGGAAAACGUAUUCAAAAUGAAAUUAUUCAGCUCCUCCAUGAUUAAAUCAAAAAUAAAAUUUUAAACUUUUUUAAAUCAGCAAAAUAUUAUAGCAUAAUUUUAGAUUGUAUAUCUGAUAUUGCUGGGGUGAAACAGGUGACUAUUGUUGUACAUUUUGUCGAUUUAGAUUCCUGUUCACAAAGUAUUAAAAUUUAAGAACAUUUUCUUGGAUUUGUGCCUCUAGUGGAAACCACUGGCUUGGGAGUUACAGACACAGAGUCCCAGAAUGGACUGGGAAUACCUUUGGAAGAUAUGAGAGGACAAGGGUAUGAUAAUGGGGCAAGCAUGGAAGAGAAGAACUGGGGAGUUCAAAACAGAAUUUUGAAUAUGAAUCCUAGAGCAUUUUUUGUCCCAUGUUAUAGCCAUUCACUUAACUUAGUCGUGAACGAUGCUGUUAAAGCCGCACAAAAUUUACAACUUUUUCUCGGCAUCUAUUCAUCGUUGAACUAUGCUGAAAAAUCAUAUUUCUAGCCUAACUAAAAGCUUUGCCCGAAACUAUAUUGGGAAAGUAGAAUAAUUGAUGCAAUUACUCUCAUUAGAUACAAAAUUUAACAAAUUUACGAUGCUCUUGUAGAAAUCACUGUCAAUAAAAACAAAGAUAAAAUGGUUGCUCAUGAGGCAAGCUGUUUAGCAAAUCAAAUCCGUAAUUUUUCUUUUCUUUGCUCUGUGGUAAUAUGGCAUAACAUUUUACUUCACAUCAACAUAGUCGCAUAUGCAGAGUAUUGAUAUGGGAGCGUGUCAAGUUAUAAGUUUAUUAGAAAAAUCGGAAAUCCAUUUUAAGUCUAGUCUCUCGGAAGUGUUUUAAAAUUCCAAGGCUAUUUGACAGACGCAAAAGGGCUCAUCAAAGCUAUUAGAAAUUAGAAUCCGGAAACUAGGCUGAAGAUGAAAGUAUGGACCUAGAUCCAGAGACACAAUAUAAAGUUGACUUCUAUUUAACAACUAUAGACACAACCGUUAAUGCAUUAAGUGGUAGAUUUCAGCAAAUUAAGAGCCAUGUAAAAUUUUUGAGUUUUUGCCUAGGGCGGCAAACAAAAUCUCUAGGAGGGCCGGGCCUGGUGAACAGAGAGCCUAGGUAGUUUUAGACCUUCCAGAUAGACAGACAAUGAUACUAUUUAAAGAACAAUACGUCAGACUCUUAACUUAGAAAUGAAAUAAAAGUGUAAAAUAAAAUAAAUUUUUUACACCCAGUAAAGCAAAACUGCUGCUUAAAGCACUGCAGGAAAUGAUAAUGUCUAAAUUUGUAGUGGAUAGAUAAUAAAAAUUGUACAUUAACAAACACAGUAUUCGUUGAGAACACCCAUCAUAAGAAAACACAUAUUAUUAUGUUAUUAAAACACAUAUUAAAAGUUAAUUUUGUGAUACUAAGAUCAUACCUUCGUUUAUAGACAAGGCGAAAACGGCGGGUUCUUUGGAGAAAAUAUUCCCAUGAGAUUUUUUUGCAUAAUCACGUUUGUGAGACAUUCCAGAAUAAUAUUCAAGAAGUCGCCCACGCGAAAAGUGGUCCAAAUUUUUUUAAUCAAUUUUUGUUAAUCAAAUUGCAAAAAAUCAAUAUUUUUGACUGGGACUUUCUUUAGGUUUUCUGGACCAUUCUGGAUAAAAAAAGUGUCUUAUAAUUUUUCUCUAAAAUUGAUCGUUUUCGAGGUAAAAGCAUUUUAAAAUUGAAAAAACGAAAAAUGGCGAUUUUCAAGGCUUAAUAACUCGGUUAAAAGAUAUUACUAUUAAAGUGAGAAAGUUACUAAAUCAAAGUUUAAAGCCCCCCCUACAAGAUCCUGAAGAAAUUUUUGUCAUUAUUUGAUUACUAAGCUGUUAUUUUUAAGUAAUAAUAAUGAGCGCCAUGCACGUAUAAGGCGGCUGUCCAUGAUAAGUGCGAAAGAGAUGCCAUUCAAGCAGUCCAAUGGUGCAUCUCACUCGCACUCACAUUUACAGCCGCGUCAAUACGAACUUACCGCUCAAUAUUAAUAAUUAAAAAUAACAGCUUAGUAAUAAAUUAAUCACACAAAUUUCUUCAGGAUCAUGUAGGGGGGGGGGGGCUUUAAAUUUGAUUCAGUCAAUUUCUGACUUUCAUAAUAAUAAUUUUUAACCGAGUUAUUAAGUCUUAAAAAUGGCCAUUUUCGCGUUUUUCAUAUUUUCAAUUGCAUACAACUCAAACACGGUCAACUUUAGAGAAAAAUUAAAAGAGACUUUUUUUGUCCGGAAUGAUCCGAAAAAUCGAUAAAAAAAUUUGUCCGAGCCGAAAAUAUUGAUUUUUGCAAUUUGAUUAAAAAAAUUGUUAAAAAAAAUUUGGACCACUUUUCGAGUGGGCGACUUCUUGCACCUUAUUCUGGGGUGUCUCACGAAUGUAAUUAUGCAAAAAGAUCUCAUGGGAAUAUUUUUUCCAACGAACCCGCCAUUUUUGCCUUGUAUAUUAGUAAUACUGAGUUAUUUCAUUAAUAUAAAAAUUAUAUCCAGUCCAGUCCAGAGAUAAUUCCGCUCAAUCUCUAAAAAUCAUACGAGCAAGCUGAAUGUGGCUGAAAAUGUCAAUUUUGUGCCCUCAAAAAAAAUGCAAAAAAGUUUUCUUUUCCCUACCCUACAAAUAUGCUUAGAUGCUAAUAAAACUGGGCUAUACAAUCUUCCAAGAAUGUUUAAAGAACUUUUUUUUGAGAAUGUGAAACAUUAGUUAAGUAAUUAAAAAUGUAAUUUUCAUUACACCAACAAUUGGGGCUAAAUAUGUUUUGCUAUUAUUAGGUAAAGUAUGGUCUCAGUAUUUAUUUAAAUAGCAUAACUAUUUAUAUUAUUAAAAUAGAGUAAAAAGAAUAAAAAUUUAAUUAACUUUUUUUAAUCUUAUAUUAACGGCGUAGGCGCAAAAGUUCGCGCCAAUAUGUUUUAAAUACUUUUAAAUAUUUUUCGAAUCCUGAGAAAACUAAUAAGUAUUUUUUAAAAAUUUAAACGCAGAAUGAAAGAUUACAUUAUUACCGAGGGCCGAAAGUCCCUUAGAAUAACCAAAAAGUUUAUUUUGAAUGAGAUAUUUGAAAUUAAAAAUCACACUAAAUUUUCUCUUUUUUUUCACCACUGUAACUUAUUAAAAUAAACAUUAUGGAAGUUUUCGGGGAUAUUCGGCCCUAGGUAAUAAUGCAAUCUUUCAUUCUGCGUGUAAAUUUUUAGAAAAUGCCUAUUAGUUUUUUCAGGAUUAAAAAAAUUAAUGCAUUUAAUACAUGAUGGCGCGAAAUUUUGCGCCCACGCUCUGUAAACUAAACGUUUACAAAUUGUUUUAUCUCCCUAUAUUAAAUAUUUUUAACACUGGAUUUUAUGUGAAAAUUUGUCAUUCUUUUGUGAAAUAUCAUUGUAAUUUGAUGGAUAGUUUAGACUGAUUUUAAAUUCAUUGAUGAAUUAUAUUUUAUUUGCAAGAUUUUAUUUUUAGAUAAAACAAUCUGCAAAACGUAAUCAUUUCCGGAAAAAAUAUAUAUUUUUCAAAAAUUUGACAGUUUAGUGUAAAAAGACACAAAUUGUAUGUAUAAAAUCUAGUUAUAGUUACAGACUUAUAUCAGAACAAAACAAGCUGUUGUAAAAAAUAUCACAGUAAAUGUCUUUUAGCGAUAGACGCUACAGUUAUGUAUUUUUAAUUAAACUUACGUGAUAGUUAUUAAUGAGAACGCAAAAGGAAAAAAUAUCAAAAUUUGCCCAAGAAUCGUUAUUACAAUCAUUAUCAAAAUCAGAACUAUGUCGUAAGCCUUUCAGUCUCGUAUUAUACUGCUUUUUUGGUCUGCCCUUCUGUUUGUGUGCACUUCUUUGAUUCUUUAUAUGUAGAGUAGGGAGGUCGAAUCAAGUCCUACAGUACUUAGGUCGCAAUUGACCCAUUGUGCAUCCUCCUUGGGAGCUGUCGUCCUUAUCUCAUUGUCCAUCCUGCAAAUUCCAUGCAAUUUCCAGAAUGGUAGACAAAUCAUAGGACAUGCUAGACAGUUUCGUCGUUUCAUUCACACUUCCUUCGUAGAAGUGUAUCUACUAGCCCCAGUAUGUGGCGGUGUUUGCUUGAUUGACAAUGGUCAGUUUAAAAACCAACUGUCAAGCGUAGGUUCUUCCAGGUUAUUUCCAAAUACUUUUCUGAUGAUAACUUCCCAAGGUUCAUUAGAGUUACUUUGGCAAGUCUACAUGCUGAUAUUUCUUCCCAUCUUCUCACGGUUUGCGUGUGGGAGCGACAUUUGGCAAUUUCCGCGAUUGUUGUAGUUGAUCAGCCAAAAAGAUCACCAGGUCCUAAGAGUCUUAGGCUUGUUACCUUCCUAGCUAGCUGGUCAGCAAUGCGGUUGUCUUUAUUCCCAUUGUGUCCUUUAGCCCACCUCAGGAUAAUGUUGUUACCAUCCGAAACUUGGGCUAGUGACUAAUGACACUCCAAUUCUGAUGUGACACGUGGUCUAUCCAGGGUUAGUAGGGCUUGUCUGCUGUCUGUGCAGAUUAUUGUGGUUUUACCGGCUAUUCGCUGUGUGUAAGUACUUGCAGAGGAUACGAGAAACGACCGUGCGUGAGUAGCGGAGAAAUCUUACAACUUUCUUAACAUAUUUCGUAAAUAAUUCUUCUUCUUCUUCUUCUUCUUAUUCUUGUAAUAGGACUAGGUCCUGUUUCUUCUGUUACAGUCUUUGCUGCGAUCCGGAGCUCCAACUCUCGUACCAUCGUUUUUUGGGUCUUCCUAUGGGUCGCUUGGUGUUGGGCUUCUGUGUUUUCGCCCAAUGCGCCCUACGUUCAGGGUCCAUCCGAUCUACGUGGUCCCUCCACAUGCGUCGUCGCGCUCUUGUCCAUCUCACUACGUCCUGAACGCCUAGCUCUCUCAAUGUGUCUUCGUUUCGUACUCUAUCUCUGAGUGUGAUACCUCUUAUGGAUCUUAGGGUUUUCAUCUCUGUUGUUCUCAUUAUCUGUUUGGUCUUUGUUGUCUCGGCCCUUGUCUCAGCUGCGUAUGUCAGUACGGGUCUAACACAUGUCUUAUAAAUGCGGACUUUGCUUUCGGUGCUCAUAUAUUUAUUCCGCCAGAUUAUAUCCCUCAGGAAACCAGAUAUUCUCGCUGCUUUCAUUGCCUGCUGUUUUGAUUCUUGCCACAGAUGCCUGUCGCUAGAUAUUUCCACACCUAAGUAUCUGCAAUCCAUUACCUGUUCGAUUAUAUGGUCGUCCACUACUAACUUACAUCUAAUUGGGUUCCUGGAUAUUACCAUCGAUUGGGUUUUCUCUUUGGAUAGUGUCAGGGUAUACUUUUCGGCGGUUAUUUUGAAUUUUUGUAGUAGGCGUUGUAAGUCAUCUUCGUUCUCGGCUAUUAAGAUUGCAUCAUCUGCGUAGCAAAGUAUUCUCAUGGUUCGGUUACCCAUUUUGUAUCCCUGAUUCAUUAUGUUAACACUACCUAUAACUUCAUCCAUUAUUAAAUUAAAUAGGCAUGGACUGAGGCUGUCCCCUUGUCUAAUGCCUGCAUUGUUUUUGAUUUCUUCCGUGAGCCCGUGUGUGGUUUUAAUUCGUGUUUUGUUGGAUCUAUUGAGCUCUUUGAUUAUGUUUCUAUACCUCUGACCUAUGUUUUUCUUUUCAAGGAUAGUGAGCACGUCCUUUAAUCGUACUCUGUCGAAUGCUUGUUUCAGAUCUACAAAGCAUGUGAACAUGGGCUUGUCGAAUUCUAUUGAUUUCUCAACUAAUUGUCGCAUUAUGAAAAUAGCGUCUAUUGUAGAUCUGUUUGGGCGAAAACCCUGUUGUUCUUCCGAUACACCGGCUUUCUUAUAUAUUUUUUGGGAUAGAAUUUUUGUCAAUAGUUUUGAUGUAGAAUUGACUAGUGUAAUUCCUCGGUAGUUCGUAGGAUCUGUCUUUACGCCUUUCUUGUAGAUUGGUAUUGUUAUACUCUCUCUCCAUUCCUCUGGUACUGUCAUGUUGUUUACAAUUUUUUGGAAUAAUGUUGUUAUCUCUUCUAUUAUUUUUGUACCUCCGUAUUUAAUUAAUUCAUUUGGUAUAUUAUCCGGGCCUGGUGAUUUUCUAUUUUUUGAUCUUUUGAUUGCUUCGUUUACUUCUUCUUGGGUGAUGUUGUCAUUCUCUGUUUCUUCUUGGUGAAUGUUUUGUAGGUCAUUUCUUUGUACUUCAUUAUUAUCGUCGUUAUCGUCUUUGUAUAGAUUCUCGAAAUGAGUUACCCAUUCUUCUGGUUUUGUUGCGUUAAUUUGUAAUUCUUCGGUAACCGGCUUCUUCCUGUUCCUCAACAUGUUCCAUACCUUCCUUUGACCUCCUCGUAAAUCAUGUUCCAUGUCAUUUGAGAAUUUUUCCCAAUAUAUUUGUUUUAGAUCUUUGAUUCUGUUAGUUGUUCUAUUUCUUUCUGAUUUAUAUCUUUGAUACCCUUCUGGGGUCCUAUUGUUAAUAUAUCUUACGUAUGCAUCUUUCUUCUCUUUUGCUAAAUCUUUGACUUCCUGUGUGAACCAUGGUUUUUGGUUUCUGCCGCUGUUUAAGUCAAUUGUUCUUUCUCCAAUGGCUUCUUUUGCACUACUAGUUAUAUGAUUUUUUAUUUUUUCCCAUGCUUCGUUUAUAUUGUCUGUGAUUUCAAUAGGGCUAAGAUUGAUCUUUUCCUCAAGUCUUUUUUGGUAGAGAUCCUUAGUACUUUCGUCUUGUAGGGAUUCUAUGUGCGUAAAUAAUUCAUAUUGUCAAAUUGACGUAGGUAUAUUUCAGUCAUUGAAGAAAAUGGGAUUUCGCAAACGUUGUGUUAUAAAUUUUAAAAAUUAUAUGUUGCUCCACAAUAUUGAUAUGAUAUGCAAUUAUUAAAGUGAAUUUAAUUAAUUGUAUUUUGCUUGUAGUACUGCAUUUUAAUAAUUAAUUUUAUUUACUACAUACUAACAAUGUCUACCUUUUAAUAAUAUAACCAAAAUCUUACUAUUUCUUCUAAUGCUUUUUUGGGCUAUGGCCUUGACAAUUAUCCAGUAACCAGGAUCAUGUAAUUGGCCAAUUUAAUUAAAAGUGCUAAAAAUGUUGCUGAGCUAUGAAACCAGGUGUCGCUCUUCCGAACUUGCACGGUCCCAAUACCUUUUACGGUAUGGAUAUACCAGCCAGUUCAGUCUGGACUAAGCUGGCAUUUUUGCCCAUCUUUUCCAAUUAAUGUUAGAAACACUGUAUCUCUUCCCCUCUUUUUCGGAAACUUCUGUUGCCACGAGAUAUGCGGUAUCUUUGUUUCCAGAAUUUCCAAUUUUCGCUAAGGUUCCCAGUUAUACACAGUGGUGGCAGUCCCCAAAUAUUCAUUUUUCUAUCCUGCCUUAUUGAAUUUCGUGAAUAUAUUUUUUAAUCCAUUCCGAUAGCGAAUAUAUCUGCAUAUUUUUCAUUAAAUAUUUUAAUUGCAUAAAUGUACGAAACAGAAAAGUGUCUGUAAAAUUAUGAAACAGGUUUUAAAAAACCUGAAUUUUAUUUCAUGGGAGGUUUUAAAACAAGCAAACUUUUUAUCAAGACUUUAUCAAGAUUUCGCGUGAAAAGUAAAAUAAAAAUGUGCCUCCUAUUUUUUAUGUAUACCAUUGUUUAAAUUUGCCUAUACUAGUGCUUCUUUAAUUUUGAUAUUUUUUCUGAAAUAGUUAAGAAUAACUGACAUUAAAUCUUUAGUUAAA